GGGGGACAAACAGCGUCAAAACGCAGUUAAACUCUCAGUUGAGGGCGGUACAUUGUACGAGUAGGUGGAUUAUAUAAACGACGGUGAAUACUAAGCGAAUUACAUACAUACAUACAUAUAUUAGUGAUAGUGCCAAAAGCGAUCGCAAUGCCUUCAAGUGAUAAACGCAGCGAGAAAUCGAAAUCAAGCGCAGUGGCUGCAAAUGGAGCAGCGCCGCCACGCAUCGAAAUUCCCAAAUGGUUGACGGCGGAACUAUUUGAGCAACUGCUAAGAGAAUCAGUUGCAAACUACCAAAGGAUCACACAGUUCGAAGCAAAGCCCGCCUUGGCUGCAGGUGAAAACUAUGCUACCAUAAUGUUACGUGUCAACAUAGAAGCUGAACUAAAAGAUGAUACGACCAAAUCGUUGUCAUACAUGAUGAAGAUCCCGCAAGAAAACGAAAUCUUUAAGGAAAUGAUGCGAAACCAUAAUAUUUUUGAAAUCGAAUACAGGAUGUAUCACGAAGUCGUUCCCGAGUUCGAACAGUUGUACCGAGAUGUUGGCAUCGAGAGGAGUUUUUCAGCGAAAUGCUACGACAUCGAGACCCCUUCGGAAUUUGGCGUAAUUCUACUUGAAGAUCUACGACCAUUCGGCUACAAGAACGCCAAUCGAUUGGAGGGACUUGACUUGGAGCACACAAAGGCUGUGCUUGAGCGCUUGGCACAGUGGCAUGCAGCUUCUGCCAUGCGUGUAGAGACGAGGGGCUUGUAUCCAGAGCUGUUUAUUAAAGGCAUGUUCACCGAAUCUCAGCGCAAGGUAUUUGACAGUUUCAGUGCCACUAUUAAAGCUCCAUUUUUGGAGUCUGUAAAGGCCAUAGAGGGCGGUGAGGCAUAUGUUGGUAGCGCGGCAAAAGCGUUCGACAUCAUGUUGGAAGAACUCUUCAUAAAGUCCACUUACGAUCCCAGCGAGUUCAAUUUUAUGACGGAGACUUCGACGUCCGAAGGUGGGAGUGCUGCAACUGAUUGCGGACCAAAGAAUGCCAAGUGGUCAGCUGUAUCAUCAACAGAUGUGGGGGACAAACAGCGUCAAAACGCAGUUAAACUCUCAGUUGAGGGCGGUACAUUCGAAUUACAUACAUACAUACAUAUAUUAGUGAUAGUGCCUAAAGCGAUCGCAAUGCCUUCAAGUGAUAAACGCAGCGAGAAAUCGAAAACAAGCGCAGUGGCUGCAAAUGGAGCAGCGCCGCCACGCAUCGAAAUUCCCAAAUGGUUGACGGCGGAACUAUUUGAGCAACUGCUAAGAGAAUCAGUUGCAAACUACCAAAAGAUCACACAGUUCGAGGCAAAGCCCGCCUUGGCUGCAGGAGAAAACUAUGCUACCAUAAUGUUACGUGUCAACAUAGAAGCUGAACUAAAAGAUGAUACGACCAAAUCGUUGUCAUACAUGAUGAAGAUCCCGCAAGAAAACGAAAUCUUUAAGGAAAUGAUGCGAAACCAUAAUAUUUUUGAAAUCGAAUACAGGAUGUAUCACGAAGUCGUUCCCGAGUUCGAACAGUUGUACCGAGAUGUUGGCAUCGAGAGGAGUUUUUCAGCGAAAUGCUACGACCUCGAGACCCCUUCGGAAUUUGGCGUAAUUCUACUUGAAGAUCUACAACCAUUCGGCUACAAGAACGCCAAUCGAUUGGAGGGACUUGACUUGGAGCACACAAAGGCUGUGCUUGAGCGCUUGGCACAGUGGCAUGCAGCUUCUGCCAUGCGUGUAGAGACGAGGGGCUUGUAUCCAGAGCUGUUUAUUAAAGGCAUGUUCACCGAAUCUCAGCGCAAGGUAUUUGACAGUUUCAGUGCCACUAUUAAAGCUCCAUUUUUGGAGUCUGUAAAGGCCAUAGAGGGCGGUGAGGCAUAUGUUGGUAGCGCGGCAAAAGCGUUCGACAUCAUGUUGGAAGAACUCUUCAUAAAGUCCACUUACGAUCCCAGCGAGUUCAAUGCUUUAAACCAUGGCGACUGUUGGAGCAACAAUGUCAUGUUUAAGUAUGACAGCGAGGGAAAACUAGAGAAUACACUACUCAUCGACUACCAGAUGAUCAACUAUGGUUCACCGGCGAAAGACUUGCACUACUUUCUGACGUCAUCUACAAGCUACGAUGUGAAAGUGAAACAAUUCGAUUACUUUAUCAAAUUCUAUCACGACAACUUAGUGAAGAACUUGAAGCUUUUGAAGUAUCCCAAAAAGCUGCCCACGCUGAAGGAAAUUCAUAUCGCAAUGAUAAAGAAUGGCAUGUGGGGGUUGGCAGCGGCUUUGGGUGUUAUGGCGGCAGCUUUGUUAGAGUCUAACAGUGAUGCCAAUAUGGAUGGCUUUUUUGGCGAUUCGGACGCUGCAGUUCGUUUUAGAAAUGCAAUGUUUACAAAUCCUAGAUACCGCAAACAUUUGGGAAUACUGCUGCCGUUUAUGUGCAAUCGCGGCGCCUUUGAAUAAUUAGUAAACAUAUUCGUACAUACAUACAUACAUAUGUAAAUAUAUUAAGAACAUGUAAAAUAUUUUAUUUGGCAAUAUAGCUAUACAAUCAUCGGAAGUUUUAUGGGAA